AAACAGCUGGAGAGAUAUUAGUGCUGGUAAUUGAUUGAGCACGUGAAACAGUGAACAUCAGAGUCUCGGGGGCUCCCUAUCUUUUUCCGGUGCAAGAAGUUGGACCUAAGGCGAAACAAUGUUUGACCUGAAGAAACGUUACAGUCUGACGGUGAAGUGCAACCGCGAGACGGAGGAGUUCAGACGGGUUGCGGUCAAACGGAAGGUCAAGGGUGCAGACUGCCUCGUCUCACACACAGUAGUGAGCAGUGGAGUGUGCGGCUCGUACUGCGACAGAGUCUGUGGAUCAGAACCAAACCGUAAACCCGGUGCAGAGGAAGUCGAUGACAGAAGCGUGGCUGAAGGAUCGCCUCUCAAACUACAAGUUCCUCCUAAACCAGCUCCCUUCCAGAGUCCACUGAGAACGAGGCACGCUCAAGCCCUCAGUCCCACUGCAGGGAAGUUACUACCUCAACAAAUUAACAGCAGAGAGCCAGACCAGAGUCCUAACGGAGGUGUCUGCUGCGUCAGCCCUUCACAGAAUUGUCUAGGCUCCGCUAGUCCGAUCCGAGGAGGAUUUAGCAGUUUGUUUAAUGUGUCUGGAGUUCAUGUCAGCUCUGCCAGACACACUCAGGGGGCUCCACUUAUUGGAAGCAGUCCACUUUUAGGAUCUCCAAGUCCAGGCAAAAGAGGCUUGCAGAGCUGUAGCCCAUCAAGGGAAGACGGGCACAGCCCUGCUAAACUAUCUCCAAGGAACCGCAGCCCUCUCGCAAGAUUACUGCGGACCCCCAGCCCUGUGCAAGGGAGGAUGGGGAGCUAUAGACCCGCCAAGAACUCUAAAUCAUGGCUAGGACUGCACGGAAUCUCAAGUAGCAAGACGGAAAAACAAGAGAAGAGAGCGGGAAAGUCUUUGAGCGUGCCUGACUUGAUUGUUUACUUGGAUGAGAGCAGCAUUCCAGCUGAAAAAGAUGACUGCUCUCCACUGAUUCAAUCCCCCAACUGCAAAGGGCCAGUCAUCACCAUCAGAGCACCAGUUAACCAAAGACUGAGACACGCUACAAGUGACUCCUGUCUAUCCAGCAUUGGCAAAGAGCAUUCCCCAGGACGAAUGCAUGUAGUGCAGGGGACAGAAUGCACUGUAAUACAUGGGAAGGGAUUAAAUGACACCAUGGAAGAAGGCAAGAUCCCCGUAGGAUAUGGCUCCAAGUCCUCCUGCCAGUGGAAUGAGGCAACGACGGAUGAUGUCAGGAGUCACAAGAAGUCUGAAGAUGAACCAAAUGAUGAGGAGACGAGGAAGGGAGGAGGAGGAGGAGGAGGAGGAGGAGGAGGAGGAGGAGGAGGAGGGCCAAAAGAUGAUGAGAACGAGCAGAAGUUGUACAAGAUAGCCAAUGAACUGCUGCAGACAGAGAGAGCCUACGUGGCUCGUCUCCACCUGCUUGAUCAGGUGUUCUGCUCCCGGCUCACUGAAGAGGCAGGUCGAGGCUCCUUUCCUCCUGACGUGAUAAGAAAUAUUUUCUCCAACAUUUCCUCCAUCUACUCCUUCCACAGCCAGUUCCUGCUGCCGGACCUGGAAAACUGCAUCAGCCACUGGUGUGAGAGCCCAGGCCUGGGUACUGUUCUGCUGCAACACGCACCCUUUCUGAGGAUGUAUGCCGACUACGUCAGGAACUUUGACCAGGCCAUGGAGCUGGUGAGGAUGUGGACUGAACGCUCCUCCGCCUUCAGAAACAUCAUCCAGAACAUACAGAGUCAGGAGGUGUGUGGCAGCCUGACCCUGCAGCACCACAUGUUGGAACCAGUCCAGAGGGUUCCACGUUAUGAGAUGCUGCUCAGGGAUUACAUGAAGAAACUGCCCCUGGAUAAUCCAGAUUAUGACCUUGCUCAGAAAUCCUUGCAGACCAUUUCCAUGGCAGCCACCCACUCAAACAGCUCCAUCCACAAAGCUGAGAACCUGAAGCGGCUGCUGGAGAUCUAUGAGAUGCUUGGAGAGGAGGAGGAGGUGGUCAACCCGACCAACGAGUUCCUCAGGGAAGGUCGUCUGCUCAAGCUUGCUGCCAGGAACACCUCUGCCAUGGAGAGGCACCUAUUCCUGUUCAACAACUUCCUGCUGUGCUGCCACCCUAAAUUUAGCCUAGUUGGGCAGCGUUUUACUGUCCGCUGCAGGAUCGGAGUGGAUGGUAUGCAGGUGCAGCAGACCACCAAUGAAGACCACCUGUACACCUUCCAGGUCUCUGGGAAGGAGAGGAGCCUUGAGCUGCAGGCCAGCUCUGAACAAGACAGAGAUGAGUGGAUAAAGGUAAUUCAUGAAACCAUUGACGUGUUUCAGAAGAAAAAUGAAACCUUCAAAUUAGUUUCGAAGGAGCUAAAUGCAGAAGAUUCAACGGAGGACCUCGGCCGACGUGCCCCUCGCUGGAUCAGGGACAAUGAGGUGACUUUGUGUAUGAAAUGUCAGGAUCCUUUCAACGCACUGACCAGGAGGAGACAUCACUGCAGAGCCUGUGGCUGCGUGGUGUGCUGGAAGUGUUCAGACAACAAGGUGGCUUUAGAGUAUGACGGGAACAAGCUGAACAAAGUGUGUAAAGCCUGCUGCUCCAUCCUGACCACUCGGAGAGGGGAGAAUGCCGAGGGAAAGAAGAGAAGGACGCUGGAGUCGGAGGCAUCUACAGUGUCCAGUGACUGCGUGCUGAGUGGCUUCCUGCUGUAUGGUGACAACACAAAGACCUGCCAACGAGUGUGGUCUGUCCUCCCCCGGACUGAACCUCCGGUCCUCCACCUUUAUACUGCUCCACAGGGUGUGAAGCCCCUGUCCAGUAUAACUCUCCUGGGCUGCAGUGUGGAGGAUUCCCCUCAGGAGCUCCGGGGUCAGCCUUGUUUCCGUCUAAGCCGAUCCAAAACCACCCACACGUUCUCCUGCGACGGCUUGGACCUCAAACUGAGCUGGCUGGCUGUUCUGAAAGAUGCUGUGGCGGGCGGGCGGCGUACUCUCAGUGGCCAUGAAUGCACCACCGAUGGCUUCGGAUGUGUCGAUGAUGGACAUGUGCGUCCUGAUGAGGAACUUCUCAUCUUUGACGAUUCCUGAACAUUUGAGUCCAGGAACUCGUAGAGGCAUGAACAUGGAACAGGCGAACGUCCAUCGAUGUUACAUUGAUGUUAAAGUCGGUAGCUUUGAAAUUAACAUUUAAUAAUUAAUGAAAUCUGAAAAGUGAAAUUCAUAAUAAUAUUCAGACUGAGAACUGUGUUUUCCUCACAAGUGGUGAUGCACUUUAUUUCUGAAACGGUUUACAGUAAAAUAAAUAAAGUGAAGGUGUUUUAAUAUGA